AGGGGUGACAGCCGAACGCGAGCCGAGCACGACCGAAAAAGACCGAGCCGACCGGAGGCUUGGUCGCUUGCAGCGAGAGGCGCACGCUUCAGUCGCUAGAGAGCGCUUUAACCGUAUAGAACGUGUCUUCGCGCAACUCCGCGAGCUGCAGAGCACGCACGCACCUCGUCAGCGUUAACGUAACUGCGCAAUCGUAUACGACCUUCCGCCGAACUUGGAACCACGCGUGUGUCUUGACAGUCGUGUGUUUGGCGGGAAUCGCGAUACCGUUUUCGUUUCGAUCGUACGCGGUAUCGAACUCGUUCCAGUGGCUCCCCACCGUGUUCGCGGACAGCAUAUUGGUGCUUUCGGGCCGUGUGCAAUAACGUUUACCGUGAAAUAUUAUUUUCUGUGCCGAUCUCGAGAGUGAUACAUGUUUGUGCAUCAUCUAACACGGACCCGUGAUCAUCGUGAAGGCAAAGGACCGCCAAGCGAUCGGUUUUGAAUCUUGAAAAACAACCUCGUAAUCUUAGCGGGAACACACAUCGAAACACACGCUUGGAGACUCACGCGCAAGUGCGUGCAACGUUGCCGGAUCGUUCUUCCCGCGGGCUAUGGCGAUCAAUUCGUGAAGAAAACAAAAAGAAUUGCUGAAAGGAAAUUUUACUACACGAUCAUUGACAGUUACUUAAACAUUGGCAACCGUGAAACUAUGUACCGAACCGUGAGAAAGCCGGAGAUAUUUAUCACCGCUGUUUUGAUAUCUUGUCUCUCGCUCCGUGGUGCGCAAUAGCGUGUUCACCGUGUUGCCAAACUUUCCGUUUUCGUCGUGCACGCUCAUCGAUGGUGUGUAUACUCCGUCUCGAGAUAUAUCCGCCGAUUCACGGAUGUGUGCCGUGAAAAAUCAUCGUCGCAAAGUGUCGGUCGCGUCCGUAAGCGAGUGAACGAGUAACGUAGUCGCGAAGCGACGCUGAGAAGCACGGCCAUUCGAAAUUCGGUGGGUCGCGCCACGACAACGUUGCCACGUUUUCGCGAGCCGCGAGUAUUUCAACGUUCUAUGGACGAUUCCUGGAAGAAUCAUCUCCGUAAACGAGACGGUGCGUAAAAAAAACGAUUUUGAACGUUGUUUCGUGUGAACCGGUGUGCCCCGGAUCGACAACACAACACGAACCAAAAUACGCUGAACGAAGUUUCGACUUUGGACGAGUGGAAAGGGAAGCUGUUUUGCCGGUGAAAAAAACAGAGUGGUUAGUUAUUGGUAACUGCGAGGAGGACGGCGACGUUGCCGACGCGAAAAGACUAACGAAAUAUGAGCGCACGAGUGUUGAAUCCGGUGAUGAUGACGGAAAUGAGUAGGAAUCUAGGUGGAGGACGAACGGUGCCGAGCAGAGCAGCCCUUGCCCGUGUUCGAAGGGACCUUUUUGGACCCGUCGAUCACGCCGCGGCUCGUGCAUUGGCAGAACGGGAACUUCGCGCUCAAUCGAUGCUCGACGCCGAGAGAUGGGGAUUCGACUUUCACUUGGAGAUACCUAAAGCCAACUCGAGGUAUGAGUGGGAACUGGUCACGUCGCAGGACGUGGUGCCUGAACCCUAUGCCCUACGAGGUAUGCCCUACUUAAGGAAACACGCGCCUAGCACGCCUAGAAAAGUACGGGAUUCCUCGCCCACCAUGAAAAUCCUCCGUAAAGAAUCUCCGAAGACUCCGAUCCUCCAGAAAACGGAGAGAACGCCACCUCAGGAACCCAGAGUACCGCAGAUCGGAGAAGUGACCAUGAACGACAUGUUCGACUUUGACGCGGACAAGAAGAUGUAUAUCGUCGAACCAACUACCCCUGUUUUAUCCACGAGGAAACAGUCCACCAUUACCGACUACAUGAAGAGUCGUAAACGUAGCCUAAACGGUAGCGCGAAGAGCAUGAUAGAGCCGCCGGAGAAGAUCGCCCGUAACGCGGGUCAAAUACGUAGCUAAGAGCCUCGAAGUUUCCUCCUUCAGCCUCGACGUCUUCUUCCAUCAAGUUCGGACCGGAAACGCAUCGCUGCCAGGAGGAAUGGAGAAAGACGAAGAAAAGCUCUGUGGCAGAGGAGAACGCGCUAGGUCCGUUGGCUGUGCCAUUCACGUUUAGAUUUAUCCGCCAUGCACCAUGGCGGGAAAUUUAAAAGAAGUAACGAAAACGCAUGAUAACAGUAACGUUUUUCGUUCUAACACUUUCGUAAUCGUGGUACGGAAAUUACAAAGCGGCAACAACAACCGAUAACAACGACCAGAUACAAUGGACAAAAGAAACAACGUGGUUGUUGCUAUCUUUUCUUUUCUUUUUUUUUCUUUGUUUUUUUUUUAUAUAUACAUAUGUGUAAUUCAUCGUGUCCGUAUCUUUUGUAUUAGGAUAGAGAGAAUAACGUUUAGGUUAUAUGCUGUCUCAUGUUUUUCCUAUAAAAGCAAGAUUGUUGUAUGAAAGCUGCACAUGAAUCUUUUGUUACAAGUAGAAGCUGCUGGUUUUGGAUAGGUGUUAGAGGUUUCUAAUUUUGUAACGAGGCAUUUAGAGGAUUUUGUACGCUUCUUGUUCUGUUGGGAGAAAUGUGGGACACCUUAGAUAUACAGGGUGUGAGGUAAUCGGUGAUGCUACUUGAAAAAAUUAGUCGGAGGCACUGACGUAACUGGGAUAGCAAAUGGCUUUUGGAAAUGUCUUAAUAAAAGAAUAAUACUGGUUACACCAUUGCAAAACUGUACUUUGUAUGUGGUUUUCUUUACAACAGCAACACCAGGAAUUACAAUAGUCUUCAGACUCCUUGAAAUUCAUUUUAAUUUCUGUCUUAUUUCUAUUCCUCAUAGAAGCACGUUAAAAAUUAAUAACUUCAAAAGGAAGCCCCAUACGAAAAAUCUUUAAAUCGACUGAUAUUUCCAGGUAGACUCACACCUUCAUUUGCGCCAAUUACACACCCUGUAUAUAAAGCGAAAAAGAGCGAAAUUAAUGUAAUAUAUUGUUCGUUCGACACUGAAACGAAUCAAGGAUGAAUGAUGUCGUACAUACAUAAUUAUGAGCGUAAGGAGACAAGAAAUAUAUAAAUAUAUUUUAGGAUACCUAUAGAUUUUAAGGAAGAUAUUAGGUAGUAAGUGCAGUUUCUCUUCGAGUUUGGUCUUCGAAUUUUUCGGCUUUGCAAAACAUUCCGCGAAUCUUCAAUGACCUUUCCUCCUCGUUGGAGAUCCACGGACUUCUAAAAUCCUACAAAUUUCGCGGUAGUUUCGACAGUGUCCUUGAAACGGCCGCGAAAUGUACAUCAAUUUUUACUGUAAAAAGAGACCAAUCUCGAGAUUGAUAAAUGGGGAAAAAGAUAUGAUUUAGGUUACAGCUCGUUACCCAUGUUUAAGCAUUGAUCUCCUGUACGACAUUAAGAAAGUACAGCCGAUGCCAAAUCACCCCGCGAUUUUCUUGUUCUUACCUUUGAAUGAACCUGUAUCGUAUUUGGCUCUCCUUCAUUCCCAUCUUUCUCAUUUUCCUCUUCUCCCCUUCCUUUGAACCCUCGUGCCAGGUACUUUUAUAUCCAGAUAAAAAAUUUUCAAAGUAAAAUUAUUUGAAACUUUUGCAAAUUAAGUAUUAGAGCUUCAGUGGGGUAGUUGACCCAUUAAAAAUUGUCUACACUUCUAAAAUUUUAAUGUUUUGAAUUACAACUUUGUGAAUUAAGUAUCACAGCUUCAGUGGGUGGUUGAGUACCCAUUACAAUUUUCUAUAUUCUUAAAAUUGCAAAAUCUUGAAUUUUCCUAUCUGUAAAUUCUUAAAUGUACAGAAUCUCUAAGUUUCAAAACGUAUCUAGGUACUCGGCACAAGGUUCAUCGCUACCCAUUAAAUCUUAACACUUUGAUAGUACGCUUUUUAACUCCGUCUCAAGGCAAAACCAGCAAGGUAAAUUAUAAAAAGUUCGCACAGUAAUUUUAUCGGUAUUCUUAAAGAGUAACAUAAACGACCUUCAAAGUGUUAAGCAUCCGAAAAGCCGAAGCGAGGAUUGCAAAAUUCGAAACUGUACGAAAUGGAAGAUAAUCAGGAUCAUUAUUUAUAUCGUCGGCAAUGAAUUUCAAGGAAAUUAUUGUAUAUAUUUGUAAAUGUGUACCGCGAACGCAAUCUUCGCUUUUCAAUGGGCUCUUUUUGCAUCUGUUUAUUUCCAUUGCAUCUCGUUUCUUUUUUAAACGUUUUUUUUUUUACGAUCAGACUUAUAGGCAUUGAAUGGUAAUUGCGUGAGAAAAAACCGUUCAAAGUUCUCCGCGGAAGAGGCAGAUUUAUCUUUGUUUGUUUCGAAAUUCGCGCGCAUCACGGUAUACCGGAAGUAAUCGAGCAUUUUUAGUAGAGUACAAAUCAUACGCGUGGCUUCCGGAGUUCUUCGAACGGUUACCUGUGAAAUUACGCGGAUUACAUUUCUUUAUUUUUUUAUCAACAAAAGCACAGAUUUCUCGAACGAAACCUUCUUUGUUCGUCGAUGCGUUUAAAUGUAAAAUGUAUAAUUGUAUAUCUUAAAUGGUAUGAUUUUAUUAAUGGUAGCUGAUUUAUUACAACAUUUUUUUUUCUUUUUGUUUACGAUAAUUUGGUCGAAGGCCAUACACCUCUUGAAGUACCCCUCACCCCCUGUGUUUUCCUCAAUUUCACUUUUCUCUUUCUCAUCCCUCCCUUUUACAAUGAGAUUAUCAUUCAGAAAUACGACUGGUGGUUACAAGCUAUUUUUUUUCGUCGUUCACACGGGCGAAGUGUGCUAUUGAGUCGAUGGUAUUUAUGGUCGUUUGUGCCAACUAUUUUAAGGAACCUUUUUAUCCCUCGACAGGGUCUCGUUGACCCACCUCUUGUUUCAGUACAUCUGAUUCAGUAAAACUCUUAAUUCUGGACACUCGAAGGUAUUUUGUCGAAAUUUUGAUGUUAGAUUUAUUUAUCAGUAUUUGGAUUUCAGUGUCCAUAUUUUAUAAUCGCUUGUAUAGGCAUCUUUAUUUCAAAAGCACGUUUUGAAGCAAUAAAAUCUGAAUCACGGUGAUUAAAAAGGUUCUGAAAACAUCCAGAUAAAAAGAUUGAAACAAGAAACGGUUUCGAGCAGUAAGAUUUUCGAAUUCGAAACGCGACGAUCAACCAGUGGAAGAAAAUAAUCUUACAGUGUGUGAAACCAAAAAGGAAGACGAAAAAUCGAACGACUAUAGAAUCUCGUUAGAUCUGAAAGGAUCAGAGCACAGUCUGCCAUCGGGGAAUCAAACGAAAGGGAAGAAAAAAAAAAGGAAAAAAUAGUAAAAGAGAAUAAUUCUUUACGUCUAUGUAACCCUGUGAUGUAUUAGUAUGAUCUCAGUAAACGUAACUUAGCGUGUACUUCUUAUUUGUAAUAAGUAUAUUAGACGUGUAUGUGCGUUCCCAAACGUGACGUAAAGCCUCGGUAAGAAAAACAGAAAAAAAAAAUGAAAAAAAAAAGAAGAAAAAAGGAGUAUGAAAGAGUCGAGUGGACGAUGAUAGUCUGUGCGAGUGAAUGUUGAAGAAAAGGAAGCAGAAAAUA